AGCAGAUUCUUGCGAUAUUUCCUGGGAUUACCCCCUCCCCCCCUUCUAAGUGCCGUUUCGGUUUAACCUAGUGUGUGACUGUGAGUCUGUGUGAGGGAGCGAGUGUGUGAGGUGUUGAGGUGAGGCGGAAGCUAGAAAAGGGGCUCCCUCAGGAGCGAGGGACAAAGGGGGCGUGAGGCACCUAGGCCGCGGGACCCCAGCGACAGGAAGCCGCCCCAAGCCGGGCUAUCGGGUAGGGGAAGGGCCCGCGCAGUCCUCACAGGGCCCCGGAGCCGGAGUCGGCCCCUCAGCACCGGGCCGUUGGCUUCCUACUUCCUCGACCUCCCCGGCGCUUGGGCCUGAGGAUUGUCUCGGCUGGGGGAGGAGGGGAAACUGACUUGAGCGGCUACCCGUUGUCUCGCAACUCCAUUGCUGAGGAACUCUCAUUUCUUCCCUGGCUCCUUCACCCCCCUCCCCCCCAACCUCAUGUAGGAGGGUGCUGAGGAGUCGGGAGGGAGGAGGAGCCUGGGCUAUCGUCCCUUCCCUCCCCACCCCCUUGAAGGGGCGAUUUGGUAGGCGUGGGGUUGGGGUUGGGGGGGAGGGUGGGGGUGACUUUUUGGAGUGCUGGGGAACUUUUUCCCCUUUUUGAGGCCAGGGGUAAGGGAAUGCCCAAUCCAGAGAGACAUGGGGGCAAGAAGGACGGGAGUGGAGGAGCUUCUGGAACUUUGCAGCCGUCAUCGGGAGGUGGCAGCUCCAACAGCAGAGAGCGUCACCGCUUGGUGUCGAAGCACAAGCGGCAUAAGUCCAAGCACUCCAAAGACAUGGGCUUGGUGACCCCCGAAGCAGCACCUUUGGGUACAAUUAUCAAACCUUUGGUGGAGUAUGAUGACAUUAGCUCUGAUUCUGAUACCUUCUCUGACGACAUGGCCUUCAAACUAGACCGGAGGGAGAACGAUGAACGUCGUGGAACUGAUCGGAGUGACCGCCUGCACAAACAUCGCCACCACCAGCACAGACGUUCCCGGGACUUACUAAAAACUAAACAGUCGGAAAAAGGAAAAAACCUGGAAGCCUCCAGCAAGUCGGGAUCAAUGAAGGAUAGGAUCUCAGGAAGUUCAAAGCGUUCCAAUGAGGAGAAUGACGACUAUGGGAAGGCGCAGAUAUCCAAAAGCAGCAGCAACAAGGAGUCCAGAUCAUCCAAACUCCAUAAGGAGAAGAUCCGGAAAGAACGCGAGUUGAAGUCUGGGCACAAAGAUCGGAGUAAAAGUCAUCGGAAAAGGGAAACACCCAAAAGUUACAAAACAGUGGACAGCCCCAAACGGAGAUCCAGGAGUCCCCACCGGAAAUGGUCGGACAGCCCUAAGCAAGAUGAUAGCCCCUCAGGAGCUUCUUAUGGCCAAGAUUAUGAGCUUAGUCCCCCAAGAUCGCACACCUCUAGCAAUUAUGACUCCUACAAAAAGAGCCCUGGGAGUACCUCAAGAAGGCAGUCAAUCAGCCCCCCUUACAAGGAGCCUUCGGCCUACCAGUCCAGCACCCGGUCACCCAGUCCCUACAGUAGACGACAGAGGUCGGUGAGUCCCUACAGCCGGCGACGUUCAUCCAGCUAUGAAAGGAGUGGCUCCUACAGUGGGAGAUCCCCCAGUCCUUAUGGCCGAAGGCGGUCCAGCAGCCCUUUCCUGAGCAAGCGGUCUCUGAGCCGGAGUCCGCUCCCCAGUAGAAAAUCCAUGAAGUCUAGAAGUAGAAGUCCCACAUAUUCAAGACACUCAUCUUCUCAUAGUAAAAAGAAGAGAUCCGGGUCACGCAGUCGACAUUCCAGUAUCUCACCUGUCAGGCUUCCAUUGAACUCCAGUUUGGGAGCUGAACUCAGUAGGAAAAAGAAGGAAAGAGCAGCUGCUGCUGCUGCAGCAAAAAUGGAUGGAAAGGAAUCCAAGGGGUCACCUAUAUUUUUGCCUAGAAAAGAGAACAGUUCAGUAGAGGCUAAGGAUUCAGGCUUGGAGUCUAAAAAGUUACCCAGAGGUGUAAAAUUGGAAAAAUCUGCCCCAGAUACUGAAAUGGUGAAUGUAACACAUCUUAACACAGAGGUCAAAAAUUCUUUAGAUACAGGGAAAGUAAAGUUGGAUGAGAACUCUGAGAAGCAUCCUGUUCUUAAGGAUUUGAAAGUACAGGGAACAAGAGACUGUAAACCAAUAGCACUGAAAGAGGAGAUUGUUCCUCCAAAAGAGACAGAGACAUCAGAAAAGGAGAUUCUUCCACCUCUCCCCACAGUUACUUCUCCACCUCCUUUACCAACUACUUCCCCUCCACCUCAGACACCCCCCUUGCCGCCUUUGCCUCCACUACCAGCUAUUCCACAGCAACCACCUCUGCCUCCUCCCCAACCAGCAUUUGGUCAGGUUCUUGCUUCUAGUACUUCAACUUUGCCCCCUUCUACUCAUCCAAGGACAUCUACUCUGUCCUCUCAGGCAAAUUCUCAGCCCCCUGUACAGGUUUCUGUGAAGACUCAAGUAUCUGUAACAGCUGCUAUUCCACACUUAAAAACUUCAACGUUGCCUCCUCUGCCCCUCCCACCCUUAUUACCGGAAGACGAUGACAUGGAUAGCCCAAAAGAAACUCUACCUUCAAAACCUGUAAAGAAAGAGAAGGAACAAAGGCCACGUCACCUACUCACAGACCUCCCUCUCCCUCCAGAGCUCCCUGGUGGGGAUCCAUCUCCCCCAGACUCUCCUGAACCAAAGGCAAUCACACCACCUCAGCAACCAUAUAAAAAGAGACCAAAAAUUUGUUGUCCUCGUUAUGGAGAAAGGAGACAAACAGAAAGCGACUGGGGGAAACGCUGUGUGGACAAGUUUGACAUUAUUGGGAUUAUUGGAGAAGGAACCUAUGGCCAAGUAUAUAAAGCCAAGGAUAAAGACACAGGAGAGCUAGUGGCCCUGAAGAAGGUGAGACUAGACAACGAGAAAGAGGGCUUCCCAAUCACAGCCAUUCGUGAGAUCAAAAUCCUUCGUCAGCUAAUCCACCGAAGUGUUGUUAACAUGAAGGAAAUUGUCACAGAUAAACAGGAUGCCCUGGAUUUCAAGAAAGACAAAGGUGCCUUUUACCUUGUUUUUGAGUAUAUGGACCAUGACUUAAUGGGACUGUUGGAAUCUGGUUUGGUGCACUUUUCUGAGGACCAUAUCAAGUCAUUCAUGAAACAGCUAAUGGAAGGAUUGGAUUACUGUCACAAAAAGAAUUUCCUGCAUCGGGAUAUUAAGUGUUCUAACAUUCUGCUGAACAACAGUGGGCAGAUCAAACUAGCAGAUUUUGGACUUGCUCGUCUCUAUAAUUCUGAAGAGAGCCGCCCUUAUACAAACAAAGUCAUUACCCUGUGGUACCGACCUCCAGAACUUCUGCUGGGAGAAGAGCGAUACACACCAGCAAUAGAUGUUUGGAGCUGUGGAUGCAUCCUUGGGGAACUGUUCACAAAGAAGCCUAUUUUUCAAGCCAAUCUGGAACUGGCUCAGCUAGAACUGAUCAGUCGACUCUGUGGUAGCCCUUGUCCAGCUGUGUGGCCUGAUGUUAUCAAGCUGCCCUACUUCAAUACAAUGAAACCGAAGAAGCAAUAUAGAAGGCGCCUACGAGAAGAAUUCUCUUUCAUUCCUUCAGCAGCACUUGAUUUACUGGACCACAUGCUGACGCUAGAUCCUAGCAAGCGUUGCACAGCUGAGCAGACCCUACAGAGUGACUUCCUUAAAGAUGUUGAGCUCAGCAAAAUGGAUCCUCCAGACCUCCCCCACUGGCAAGAUUGCCAUGAAUUAUGGAGUAAGAAACGGCGACGGCAGCGACAAAGUGGUGUUUUGGUAGAAGAGCCACCUCCACCGAAAGCCUCUCGAAAAGAAACUAUCUCAGGGACAAGUGCUGAGCCUGUGAAGAAUAGCAGCCCAGCACCAUCUCAGCCUGCUCCUGGCAAGGUGGAACCUGGGACUGGGGAUGCAAUAGGCCUCGGUGACAUCACACAGCAGUUGAAUCAAAGUGAAUUGGCAGUGUUAUUGAACCUGCUGCAGAGCCAAACCGACCUGAGCAUUCCUCAAAUGGCACAGCUGCUUAACAUCCACUCCAAUCCAGAGAUACAGCAGCAGCUGGAGGCCCUGAACCAAUCUAUCAGUGCCCUAACAGAAGCCACUUCCCAGCAGCAGGACUCAGAGCCUAUAGCCCCAGAGGAUUCUUUGAAGGAAGCACCCCCUGCCCCAGUGGUCCAACCUUCAGCAGAACAGACAACCCCCGAAGCUUCAAGCACACCAGCUGACAUGCAGAAUAUGUUGGCAGUUCUCUUGAGUCAACUGAUGAAAACCCAGGAGCCAGCAGGCAGCCUGGAGGAAAACAGCAGUGACAAGAACAGUGGGCCACAGGGACCCCGAAGAACUCCCACAAUACCACAGGAGGAGGCAGCAGCAUGUCCUCCUCACAUUCUUCCACCAGAGAAGAGGCCCCCUGAGCCCCCCGGACCUCCACCGCCGCCACCUCCACCCCCUCUGGUUGAAGGCGAUCUUUCCAGCGCCCCCCAGGAGUUGAACCCAGCCGUGACAGCCGCCUUGCUGCAACUUUUAUCCCAGCCUGAAGCAGAGCCUCCUGGCCACCUGCCACAUGAGCACCAGGCCUUGAGACCAAUGGAUUACUCCACCCGACCCCAUCCCAACAGGACUUAUGGAAACACUGAUGGGCCUGAAACAGGGUUCAGUGCCACUGACACUGAUGAACGCAACUCUGGUCCAGCCUUGACAGAAUCCUUGGCCCAGACCCUGGUGAAGAACAGGACCUUCUCAGGCUCUGUGAGCCACCUUGGGGAGUCCAGCAGUUACCAGGGCACAGGGUGGCAGCAGCAGCAGGAGGGAUGUCCUCUGAGGAAUUUGGUAAUGUCCAUCAGUCACCUGACGUCUGGAGCCCUGGCAGAUUUAGUCUCUUUCACAGACUCUAAAGCCAGGUUUGAUGGGAGAGCCCCCCUGUCCAAACACUGUGCAAGGUACCAGAAGUAGAGGCCUGCCAGCCUGCUUAUACCCAUCCUCAAUGCCCAGAACUGAGCAGGUCACCAACCUACAGUGCCCACCCCUACCCUUCUUGCUGCCAGAUGUGGAAAUAGAGACCCAGAGAAGGGAAAUCAGUUGAAUCCUGUCUUGGAGUUGUUUUGUGUUCCUGGAUUUGGAGAGUUCCUGGGAACACAGGGAAAGGUAGUGUGUGUCCCACUGGUUGGUGAGAGACCUGGAUGUCUGAAACUCCCACCUUGACACCUCGAAGGUUAUCACGCAGAUACCCUCUCUAGCUCCUAAAGCCAUGGAGGAGGUGAAGGAAGGCAUUUCAGAGGUGGCAGUGCCAUGAUGUCCAUCGGCACCCAGGGAUAGAAGCCAAGAGAAGAAACAAUGACCAGAGAGGGAGCCAGGAAGAGAUGCCUGCUCCUGAAACAGUCUUCUUACCCCAUCCCCUUCCGCGUCCCCUCUCACAUGCCGACAGGGCUGUGUGCCCAAGUGUGCCAGCUCUCCUGGCUGGUUAUCCUGCUCUGCCAUGCAGGCAGCUGGCCCUCUGCUACAGCACUGAGCACAUGCUGGGGUCUCUCACUUCUUUCCUCACUCACCUCAAUGUAUCUGUGGUGCAGAUUCCUAGGGUUGAAGAAGGGGGCUCUGGCCCUGAGAGUAGGAAGAUGGUGGGCUCUGGGGCUCUUGGGGUGUGUAUCUGGCUGGCUGGAGUGGCUGUGGGGAGGGAGAAGGCUGUUGGCAGCUCAGCUGAGCUCAAGAUUCUGGUGACUCACAGCAACGGGGGUGGCUCAUGAAAACAACAGAGGGGAAGGGGGUCUAGGCCUGUUAGAGCUCUCUUUUGCCCCAUUUCUCCCCCACUCUGAGCUUUGUGGUUGGGGUCUCUCAUCUAGAUUGUGGGGCGAGGAGAUGCCCCAGCUAAAAAGAAAAGAAGGAAAUGGAAGAGAAGAUAGCAGAGGAGGCUGAGCAUUCCCAGGGAGAGGCUUCCCAGAGGGGGAAGGGUGGUGGAGGCCCUUUAUUCUUGCCCUCCUGUAUCCGUGGGCAAGGUGCUGCUCACACCCUGCUUGGUGCACCCUCUGUGCAUCAGCACCCAGGGAGAGAAGCAAGAGAAGAAACAGUGACCAGAGAGGAAGCCAGGAAGAGAUGCCUGCUCCUGAAACAGCCUGUGGGUACAGAGGGUACUGUGCUGGGGCAGCUCAGCACUCAUGGGCACCUCCCAGGAGAGGGGCUUUCCAGGCAGACACAGCUACUCCUCCCUGCCCUCACUUGCCUGCCCAGAGCUCUGGGUAUUCAGGUGACUUAGAAAUUUAAAAAAAAAAAAAAAAAAAAAAGACACUAUUACAAGACCAGAACUAGAAUGAUUACCACUUGGUCUCAGUACUCUCUUUCCUAGAAACAGAAACCAUGAUCUUCAAAGGUGCUGCUUCCCUCAUCCCUUACAGGCCAGGUGGGCAAUGUGCAUUUUCUCCAGACUUUCUGAAUCAGGGAGAUGGUAGGAUACUGUGUUUGAGGUCACAUCAGCAGAACAGAGCCAGAAAGUGGAUCAGGAGAGCCAGCCAUGCCUCUGACCAGAGUCCUGGGGGCCUCCUUGUUUCAGCAAAAGGAAAUAGGAAUCUUGGAUACCAGUGUAUCCAGACACACGAUAAAUAUCCUCCCUCCAAUCUUAGAGAAGAAUAGGUUAAGAGGGAGGCAGUUGUCUGACAGAGACUAAGUUUUCAUUUGCCUGUUUAUACUCCUUUCACUGCUGGUGGCUCUGCUGUCCAGUUGGGAUGAGGGGCCCUCUGCCAGGAUGCUCCUGAGGAUCCGGAGACAGUUUGGGCUGGAGAAAGGGACAGACCAGCCACUCUUUUUGUAGGGAGAGGGCACCAGCUCCACUCCGCCAGCUCUCCCUGGCAGCAUCAGGAGCCCAGGGGCCCCUGCUGAAACACCCAUAAUAAAGCUCAGUCCUGAACUGAGGUGACGUAUCACCUGGCUCUGGUAUAAAAGUGGUACCGAGAGGGGAAGCCUGAGUGCACCAAGUGGGGUGUGAGCAGGUGCGGGGAGUUCAGCCCCAGGACGGAUACAAGGAUCACUCACUCCUCAAUACCACAUGCUCCUCCUCUUUCUCAAACCCUCUCCUCAGCCCCCCUUUUCAUCCACCUCCCUUCAGCUGACUCCACUCCUGGCUACCUCAUGCCCUCCAAGCUGAGAAGACAUGGUAAGUAGUUGUCUGUUCCCUACACUUUUCUCUCUCUUACUCUCCUCCUUCCUCCCAACUCGCAGCCAAGAGUUACCCCAUUUGAACUCUUUCUACCAGUGAAUGCCCUCAGGAUCUGAACCCAGAAUGCCCAGCCUCUACCACCCCCCUGACUCUGAGAAUGCCACUCUGGCUCUGAGACUGACUCAUCAGUCCACAUCCUCCACACAAGUGGAGGCCAAGGCCAAGACUGGCAUAUCCACUGGCACCAAGGGCCCUGACCUGAAGCAAAGGGCAGCCCUAGAGGUACAGUCAGGUUUGGCCCUAAAUGUGUAUAUGCCUGUGCAUUGGGCACACUGGUUUAUUAGUGUUAUUUCAGCAUUGUGAUGCAGAGAGAGUAAGUGUAACAGCUGCUCCUUGCUUGCAGUGUUUAUUGUUACCUAGAGACAACCUCCUGGCUUUUUCCCAGCUCCCCCCCCCCAACCCAACCCCCUCCCUGCCAACAAUCCUACUCUCCCCACACUGAUGGGAAAUUUAUAGCUUGCCCAUACCAUGCCUUUAACCCUCUCCUGUCCAUAGGUAGGUAGGUCAAGGGAAGCCAAAGGGAGCAGUGGGCAUGCCUGAGCCCCAGCACGGUAGAAUAGUGUGUGGAGGAGAGAGGGAAGGAGGGAGGGAGGGAGUACACCUCCUCUCCCCAGUCUGUGUCCAGACUCAGGCCCCAGUUUCCCUCCUGGCUCUCAUGUUGAGAGAAAAGAGCUUUGGACCUAGUUUGGGGAUCCUAGGAUCCUCCACACAGGACUAUUCUCUUUCCUGGGUAUCUCUAAGCCCCCCAGUUGGGCUGGCUGGUCCUGAGCAAGUACAGCAAGGUAUAUUGAGACAGAAGGAAUAAAUACAGAGUGGCAGAAGCUCCAGACUCCUCCUUUCUAUAGAGAUGUCACAUUGAGGCAAACAAGAGGCUCUGGUGUGAAGGAUGCUGGGCAGACCUCCACAGCUGGGUAGAUGUCAAACAUGAAGCCAGCUGCUGAGCCUGGUGAGGUAACUGCCCACCUUAACUUCACCCUGAGCCCAGCACUAACCUCCUGAGAGGGUCCCGGGCCAUCCUCCAAGCUGGUCUCCUUGGUCUGGUUAGGCUUCUCCCUCUACUUUUCUUCUCGGUCCCUUUUCACCUCAUCUUUUGGUUUGAAACCGUGGGGGCCAAACCAAGAGACCAAGGGGACUGAGGCCUCAACAGUCCUGGGGAAAGAGAAGCUCCUCUAUCCUCUCCUGACCCAGGACCUUUCAUGGAGGGGCACCAUGUCACACAUCCACCAUCCCCACUGGAAACAAGAGAGGAAAAGGGAUUGGAUUUUAGCAGAAAGGAUAUAGGUUAGACAUAUGGAAAAACUUACUCGUGGGAUAUAAGACCUCAGAAUGGACUUACUUCUCUUUAGAGAUUUUUCUUCUGCCUGGGAUGGGUGUAAGUCUGUGUCUACCCAAGCAGCAUCGGGAGACCAGGGUUACUUUUCUGGGGCUCCUGCAGAUGUGGGCCUCAGUGCAGUCUCCACACAGUGCACCCCUCCUCAGUUCUUCUAAAUGUAGUAUGUGUGGUGAUUAGACUGUAAGUUUUGGAGGCAGACAGCCUUGAGUUUUAAUGUCAGGGCUGCCAUUUACCAGCUAUGCUACCUUGGUAUGUCACUUAACCUCUUUUAACCCUACUUUCCUUGUCUGUGAAAUGCAGAUAAACAAUUUUUUAAGGUGGUGAAGAGAAUUUAGUGAAAUAAUGUGUGUAAAGUACCUAGGACAGUGCCUGAUACUGAGUGCAUACUCAGUCAACAGUGGUUGAUACAACAGAGUCUAUUACUUUUAUGGAGUCCCCAGGGCUGACAUUGCUUCAAAGACUCCAUGAGCCACCUGGAAUUAUAGGCCAAAUGUGUGUAUAUGCAUUUCCUGGGGAGAAUGUCCAUAGUUUUGUUGAUGAUUUGAAGCAGGCAGUCUCCUGGAAAGAAAAGAGCCCCAAUCCUUUGACUCAGACUCCCCAAGAAGUCAGUUCCCCCAUUCCCAUGCCUCAAGCUAGGAGCUCCUUAGGCAGUGUUCUGCCCAGAAGCACAGCUUCAUCUAGGAUUAAGCCAUGUAGCCAUUAAGAUAGCAACACAGAGCACUUGCCAGGCAUGUUAUAGUUUGUCAAGUACAUUUACCUGCAUUAGGUCUAUUAAUACACAGAACAUCCCAGUGAAGUGAAGAGAACUACCAUUUAGUGAAUGCCAGGCAUUGUGCUGGGUGUAUUUUUUUAAAGUAUGUUUAAAGUCUAUAGAGUAUUUCAUAACCUAUAUAUGCCAUGAUUUAUAAAGUGCAUCCACUUUUUAAUAAUUUAGAUAUGUUUACUGUUAUAAGUAACAUGACAGUGAUCAUCCUAACACAUGAAACUUCAUGCAUUUUUUUAUAGUAAGUUCCAAGAAGUGGAAUUAUUGGGUCAGCCAAUACAGAUAUCCCUCCUCCCUAUAGUUAUGAUCAUUUUAUUGAUGUACCAUAAUAAGAAUAAUAUUUUUUAAUAUUCCUCUUUGGAAUUCUUCAAUGGAAACACAAGGGCCGCCCCUUCUCUCUCCUAUACCCAGCCGAGACAUUAAUAAUCUAUCAUAGGCUUUUUUUUUUUUUAAAAAUUGAGGUAAUUGUAGAUUCACAUGCAGUUAUAAGAAGUAAUAAGAAGAGACCCCUUGUACAUUUUGCCCACUUUCACCCAACAGUAACAUUUAAAAAAACUAUAGUAUAACAUCACAACCAGAAUACUGCCAUUGAUUGAAUCCACCCGUCUUUCCCCAGUUUUACCUGUGUGUGUGUGUGUAUUAAGUUCUAUGCAAUUUUAUUACCACUUUUUACCUGUGUGUGUGUGUGUGUGUGUGUAUUAAGUUCCAUGCAAUUUUAUUACCAUGUGAAUUCUUACCUCUACCACUACAGUCAAGAUACUGAACAGUUCCAACACCACAAGGAUUCUUCAUGUUGCCCUUUUAUAAUCACACCUACCUCACCCUCUUCUUAACCCUUGGCAGCCACUAAUCUAUCCUCCACUUCUAAAACUUUGUCAUUUCAAAAAUGAAGUCAUGUACUGUGUUACCUUUUAGGACUGAAUUCUUUCACUCAGCAUAAUUCUCUGGAGACACACCUAAGUUUUUGUAUGUAUCAGUAGUUUGUUCCUUUUAUGUGUUUCAUGAUAUGGAUGUACCACUAUCAUAGUUUAACCAUUCACCUAUUAAAGAACAGUUUGUGCUCUCACUUUCUACUCACUAGCAAUUAAUGAAAUAGCUUAUUUUACUUGGUGUGCUGAGUGUUGUUUUAUAUCACAAAUAUUAAGUUUAUUAAACCUUCAGGCAUGAUUAUCACCUAUUAUUAUUUCCAUUUCAUAGAUGGAGAAAAUUAAGGCUCAUAGGAAAUGACUUUCCCACGAUCACGUGCUGUGGCAAAGAAGUACUUAGAACCCAAGACAGUAGGGCUUUCUCAGUCUUUGACUAAGGUUGCUGGAAAGAGGGUGUGGGCAGAACCAGAAGAGAAAUGUUGGAGGCAGGAAGAACAUUGGAGCAGCCUGGGUCAGUUCAGGUCUUCACAGCUAACUUUCGUUCAUAGGUUAGAAGAACAGUGCCAUGGAGCAGGGGACAAUAAUGGCUUGUGCCCUGGAAAUUGUUUCCCCUUUGCCAGAGAAGAACAAGGCUGAAGUGGAUGGAGCCCAUGAACAAUCUGCCCACAGACUUGGGACCUGGAAAAGGGAGGACCCAGCCUUUGGGUAUCUUAUCAGAGCAUAAGUGGUCAAAGCUCUCCUUGGAAAUUUGAAGUUGAAUGUGUCUCUGAUGACGUCUGAGGAAACUGAGGAUCAUGACAACAAAUGGAAAGUUCCACAAGGACUGUAACCAUGUCUAUCGGUGUUGACCAGUGUGCUCCCAGUGCCCAGCACAGUGCCUGGCAUAAAACAGCUGUUUUGUAAAUAUUUGUUGAUGAAUGAAUAAAUGACAAAAGGACA